UCCAGUGCCCCACCUCUUGCCCAGAUGAUCUGCACUUGGACACCUGAAAAGUGAAAUUUGUAUUUUUCAGUGUUCAGCAUCUCCAUUCUGCUUUUUCAAAUUGACUGCUGUCUUGGGGACAUGGUGCUUGUCUGAAUGUGAUAAACAUUACCGAUAAUCUUCUUGUCAAGAGCCUGGCCCCAUCACAGCACGUUUCUGUUGGUGCUCACACCAGUGAUACGUCACACACCUCUCUAAUGGAGGAAUAGGAAGUGUGGAAAGAGAUAAAAAUCUAAUGUCUGUUGAAUGAAUGAGCACGUUAAUCACCUUAACGGUCUGGGACCCCUGCACUCCUAAGUCAGGGAAGAGGAAGAAGAGGUUAAAGUGAUGGAUUAAGGAUGAGUCAGGGAGCCCAGAGUUCAGGCUAAGAUCGAUUCUCGCUGUCCUGUCAAGCAUGGUGGAGCACAGGUGUCUGGCCUGUGCAGCGUCUGCAUGGUGCUUCAGUGUGAGCGGCAGAGGAAAUGAAAGUCAUUACUGUCAGUUUGGAGUGAGCUUCAUGGCCCAAACGGGAUUAGACAGUGCAUCCGACAUUGUUUCUAUACAUUGGUAGACUUAAAAGUCAAGCGCAAAAUGGGAUUAAAACGAAGGGAAAAACCAAUAAAUAACCUUCAACACCACCCCCGUUUUUUGCUUCUCUUUUAUUUCUUCUCAUUGCUACCAAUUCCCUACCUAUUCCAAGUCUCCUCCUUUCUUCAUAGUCUUUUCUCUUUCACCUGUCUCGCUCCCUAUUCCACUCUCCCUGGCGCAUCUCUCUUUACCUUCUUCCAUCUUUCACACACACACAUCCCCAUCAUCAAAAUGCACAGGUAGGCUCUGACUCCCACUUGCACGUUACACUCUCUGUUUUGCAAAAACUCAUCCUUCUGGGGCCAAGCGGUGCCUGAAAUCCAGCUACACUUCCCUCAAACUGGGCCUUUUCCAAAACAACACCCCCCUCUCCGUUCAGCCCCGUAACAAACUGUCAAAUUGUUGCCCUUCCUUAACUUUUAAGGGUAUUAUGCACCAUGUCCAACUUCAAAGCCCGUCUUAACUCCACACUUUAAUUGUAUCUUCCCUAGCUCUCUGCAUGCCAUUUGAUUCUGCUGACAACAGCACUUCUCCCUCUGUUGUCAUUUAUCCUUCUACUCCCAUCCUCUUCUUCAACUCUUUAGGCCUCACUUAAGUUAGAUGGUUGUUGCGCCAACACCAUCACAGCUCCUCUCAUCAGCUCCUUGCACCCUUCAGAGGCCAUUGUCCCCCUGUUGUCACCCAGUUUGAAGAGGUAGCCUCCAUUUCCUCUCUGGGCAGCCGGUUGUUGCCUGGGGUGUGUACACACUAAACAAACUUGAAACGGUAACCCCCGUCCUGCAUCGGUUGUCUCCUGCUCACUUUAUCUGCUCUCUCUCUCUCUCUAUCUGUCUGUGUAAGCCGACUUCUUCCUCAUGGCCCUGGAUGAUAAUUGCCAUGAGCUUUCCUCUUAGUUUCAUUUUCCAUUGUCCUCCCCCAAAUUCUUGGCUCUGGCUUGAGAUAAAGGGAUGAGUACUUCAAAGAGGUCUGCACAGAGUUUAACCCCAAGCCGAAAGGAGCAGCACACAAUGCUGUAAUUGAGAGCAGUUACUGAUCACAGAGAGGACACACUCUGUUUAUGACUGCAGCUGAGGUGGCCAGCAGGAGAUAUGACAGGACAAAGUUGCUCAGGAGACCAUAUGUUAAACACGUUUACUCUUCUUAAGUUGUUUUUCAUCAAAUAUGACUUUAGAUAAUCAUAGAAACGUUGCUUUGUGUGUGAACUGAUUGGGCCCAUAAGUGAUUUAUGCUGCCCUUACAACUCUAUUUAUAGUGCUCUUUGUAGUCAGACUGAAUUUGACCUGUCCCUGUAAUAAUAUCUUCCCAAACAGAGACACCGUUACACCCCAUAACCUCUCACCCCUUGGCUCCUGGUCCUAUAAAAAAGGGCCCCCUGGUCUCAGGCCACUUACAGACCUGGGGUCAGCUCCUGAGGGGCAGCAGGGAAGGCCCAACCUAUGGCGACCUCCCAUAAGCCAUGGAGGGGGUAGACAAGGCAGGACAUGAGGGCACAACUGGCCCCUGGUACUGGCAGGGGGUCUGCACAAAUCGCCAUGGUGAUGGUUUCCACCCUGGUGUGUUUACUGUCAGAGCUGAGCCAUGACCCUCCAAAGUUAACAAAGCCUGACACUGUCUGGGUAACACUCUGUGUAUUAGCCACAUGACCUGUACACCUAGAGAGACCCACACUGUGGAGAUGAGCUUUUAGGAAUGGCGUUUGUGCAGACUUGUUUUACUUGUGAGUCAUAGAUAGAUCGGUAUAUACUUUAUUGAUCCUGAGGGAAAUUCAGGGUCAUUAGUGUCUCAAAUCUGGCAUGGUUGUUUCCUACCUUGAUCUUUAAAGUUGUUCUGCUUAUUUGUCAGACAUACCCAUGAGAUGAACUCAAAUACUGCUGACACUGCUGUUUGUUUCAACCAUCAAUUACUUGUAGCUGCUAAUUUCAACUGUUCAUCUGUUACCUUUAACUAUUUUAACCAUUUGGCCAUUACUUCUAGCUAUUUCGACUACUUAUUUGUUAUGUUUAGCUAUGCAGUUUAACAACGAAUCCACUGAUAAGUUACGUUUAUCCAUCUGUUCCAAUCAUUUAUCUAUUACCUUUAGUUAGCUUUCCACCCUGCUCACAUGCUUUUGACUACAGUACCCUGGUGUUGCAGCUAACUCACUAAGUGGAUAGGCUAUAUAUUUUUUAUUCAAAUCAUAUAGACUGCACAGCCUCUCCAUAAGCAGCUGCAGAAAUACCCUAGGGUGCAGGAGACAGUGUAGCUGCCUCUGGUUGGGAAUCACUGCUGUUCCUCUUUUGCUGGGACAGUGAGUUUGAUGUUUCGUGAUAAGAGCACACAGUAUUUGAAGGCAAUAAAGCAGCUUUGAAUGAUGAGUAAUCUGUUAAUCAUCGUGGCAACUUCAAGAGCAAUUUAACCUUGAUGGGAAGUGAGGCAGCAAGAGAGAAAGUUUCAUAGCACCUUUAGCAAACAGGCUGAUCAAGAUGUUUGCUGUCUUUGUGCUGUGUACUUUUUGAACCCCUGUCCUCUGAGACAACUAGGACACACAGACAUCUACUGUCUCUCUUUCAAGAAUAUAGCCAGUCAUCUUACAUAAAGAGUCCCCUGUGGUGGCUCAUUUGAAAUGCUAACUAAAACACUGCUGACUCUGUUCUAUAAACACUAUUAACGUCACUGAUUGUAACCAGUCCAGUACAAAUAAAGCAAAGUGCAGAGUCCAAAAUGUGCGUUGCUGUGUGUAACCAAACAUCUCCUCCCAGUCGGACCAGUGAAUGGGUGUGUAUUGAAUGUCUGAGCUGUCUAUAGGCUUUUUACUCCUGUUUACGUUCUCUCAUGCUGCUGUUAAGGAGGAUGCACAGUCAGAGCUGAGGAGAGAAGCAACUCUUCUGUUGUUUGCGUGGUAUGAUAAACAUGCCCUCAGUGAACAGAUGUUCUAAUGUGCAUGUGCUCUUAUUGCCACUGGUGGGAGCUGUGGAGUAAAAGCACCACUGUGAUUUGAUUUCUUCUUGCAACAGGCUGUAUCUUAAUGACAAGUGAGGAUGAUUAAAGUCACUGUUAUUUAAAAAGCAUGUUUUCGAGCCUGAGUUAGAGAACUUAUGUCCUUCUUUAAAUCCUGAAGCAAGGGCACUGACCUGUGGUUCUGUCCUUUCAACUGAGUUUCUUAAGGGGGUCCAUAUAAUAGGUUCUUUAUUAUACUGGGUCUUUGUCUUCUUAUUAUGUGACCAAAAAAAUUCAUAUGAUGAUAUAAAUAUGCUAUUUGAUACACGCUGGUGCAUGCAUUGUGCGUCCUCGGGAUUCCAGCGGGUUAAUCUGGAGAACUAUGCGGAUCUUGAAAAGAAAAGAUCCCUGCGUCUUUAAAGUUUAUGUAGCAACAGAGGGAUUGUAGCGAUAAUGCCACUGGGGCGGCAGAUCAGUUACUUCUGACGCUCCAAAGCCUCAGGGAGUUGGCUCAAGAUUGCUUGUCUUUGAUAAGGUCCUCACGAUGUAGCUGCAACUUCGAGAUCUGGGAAAAGAUUGGCAAACCGCGAGAGGAGACGAGCAGCCAGAGAAGCUCCCCCGCUGACAUAAGAGAGUGAGGACGUUACAGUAGAAGCUCAGAGGAGGCGGACAACACUCACACUCGCUCCUGGCGCCUUCAGAGCCAUGAGCCGGGUGUUUACGGACCACAGCGCCAGUAGUUUCCGAGAAGAUGCUCCUCGACCCCCAGUGCCUGGGGAGGAGGGCGAGGCGCCCUGCUACCCUGGCAAACUCGCUAUGGUGAAAUCCCUGGAACCCCCCAAAUCGGUUUUGCUCGGCUCUCCGGGUACCUCGGCGAGGAGGAACGAGGAUGGUCUUGGGGAGCCAGAGGGGAGCGCCUCCCCGGAUUCACCUCUUUCUCGGUGGACAAAGUCUUUGCACUCUCUCCUCGGGGAUCAGGAUGGGGCUCUUCUUUUUAGGACAUUCUUGGAGCGAGAGAAAUGUGCCGAUACUCUAGACUUUUGGUUCGCAUGCAAUGGCUUCAGGCAAAUGGACCUCAAGGAUACCAAAACGCAGAGAGUCGCCAAAGCAAUUUACAAGCGCUACAUUGAAAACAACAGCGUUGUUGCCAAGCAGCUCAAGCCCGCGACUAAAACAUUCAUUCGGGAUAAUAUCAAGAAGCAGCACAUAGACUCGGCAAUGUUCGACCAGGCGCAGACCGAGAUCCAAACCAACAUGGAGGAGAACGCAUACCAGAUGUUUCUGACCUCUGACAUUUAUCUCGAGUAUGUGAGGACUGGUGGAGAAAACCCGAAUCACGUCACCUCGAACGGGUUGGGCGACCUGAAAGUUGUAUGUGGAUACCUGCCAACGCUCAAUGAAGAGGAGGAGUGGAGUUGUGAUUUUAAAGCCAAAGCGCUGGUUGGACUGUCAGUAAAGGCGCACAGGGCCCCCGUGUCCAUGAGGACGGUGGAGGUGAUGGAGAGGGGAUACAGAUCCUACAAGAGAGGAGACUCCCUCAGCUCCUGCCAUGUGGGCUCUUUUGCCCCUGUCGGCAGCACCAAUGACAGCGAGGUGUCCAGUGACGCUUUGACCGAUGAUGCCAUGUCCAUGACGGACAGCAGUGUGGAUGGCAUCCCUCCGUAUAAACUGGGCUCCAAGAAACAGCUACAGAGAGAGAUGCAGCGUAACAUGAGGAUGAACAGCCAAGUCUCUCUGCCUGCUUUUCCUCGUAAUCGCCGGCCUCCCAAGGAGAUGGCCCCAGUGGAGCCAGCAGAGUUUGCAGCCCAGCUCAUCUCCCGCCUGGAAAGCCUGAAGAGAGAGCAGGACACCUUCAACUCUCUGGAGGAGAGGCUGCAGCAGAUCCAGGAGGAGGAGGAAAGAGAAGAUACAGAGAUCAUGGGAAGUGCUCCCCAGCUGUCCCCCCACCCGCUGACCCUCCUCCCUGGCUCCUCUGAUGAGGACCCUCAGGCCAUCCUGGAUGAACACCUCUCUCGUGUCCUGAAGACCCCUGGUUGCCAGUCCCCUGCUAUCAUCAGACAUUCACCUCGCUCCAGCUCCCCAGAGCACAGGCCCUUCACUCGGGCAGGCUUUGGAAUCAAGGCUGUGGUGAGGACUGGGCCUUCCAGUUCCCCUCUCUCUAGCCCUGACCAAGGGACCUUCGCUCUGUCCUUGGGCCCCAGUAGGACCCUUGUAAGCAGGCAGAGCACAAAACACAUCCACCACCACUACAUCCACCAUCAUGCAAGUCCCAAGACUAAAGAGCAGAUUGAAAGGGAGGCAGCACUCAGGGUGCACGGCCUGUGCUCCAGCAGUGGCGAGUGCCAGCCAUACCAACGCAGCCGCAGCUUGGGUAGAGAGAUGUGUGGGGCCAUCUCAGACAACAGUAUGGGGCGCUCCAACUCCCUGUCCAGGAGUGUGUGUCGUUCAGGGGCUGAGGAUGGAGUCGCAGAAAGGUGUAUGGAGGAUUGUGGGCCCUUACAGCUGCCAAGCGAUACAAUGGACCCCGCCCAGAAUGUGUUGCAGUGGAUCCUGGAAAGCAAACGACAAGGAAGGCACAAGUCUCACAGUACCCAGAGCACCAAGAAAUCCUUUGGAGGCUCCUCCACCCAGACGCAUACAUGGGGUGGUGGAGGAAGCUGUGGCCACCUCCGUAGCCACCAGCCAGCCCAGCCAUUUAUCCAAGACCCUGCCAUGCCUCCCUUGCCCCCUCCCAACACUCUAGCCCAGCUGGAGGAGGCCUGCCGCAGACUGGAGGAAGUCUCCACCAAGACUGCCAAACAAAGGCAUUCGGUGUCCAGUCUUCAGCGAGAGAAGAGCAACGUAGUGCCUGUCCAUAGUGGGGGGUCUAUCACUCUGCCGCUAGCCAAUCCAAGCCCUGGCGGCCUUCUCACGACCAGCCCCGGUCUUCAAUCAGAAGAGGUGAUGGAGUCUAAGAGGGGUUUAGGAAGCCACGGGGUGUGCAGCGGAGAGACGGUGGUGACGUAUUUCUUCUGUGGUGAGGAGAUCCCCUACCGAAGGACCAUGAAGAGCCACAAUCUCACUCUGGGCCACUUCAAGGAGCAGCUCCGCAAAAAAGGCAACUACAGGUACUACUUCAAGAAGGCCAGUGAUGAGUUUGAGUGCGGCGCAGUGUUCGAGGAGGUGUCGGACGACUGCUCCUUGCUGCCCACCUACGAGGGCAAAAUCUUGGGCAAGGUAGAGAGAAUGGAGUGAGGCCACGCUGCCCAUGUUGUGAAAUAAAUUCCUCUGGACACUUAGCACCUCGAUGGAUGUACUGUACUCCUUCAUAUGCUGACAUGCAAAAUAAACUGUGUCUUUUAAGCUAAGACUGUAGGACUGGAGAUGUUGCUGAAGGAAUGUUUGGGCAAAUGGAAUGGAUGAAAAAGGAACAAGGACAACUGAUCACUAUUACUGGACUAUCAUGUGAACAGCCUGCCUUGAAGUGAAGAAAAGAAUGGGCUGUAUGUUGCUGGACUGAGACACCUCUAUAUUUCCAGAAGACAAAACUCUGGAGAAUUCAGGUGAAUGACCACUUGUCAAAGAAGCUGGGCAGUGGGUUUAAAUCUGAGGCUGGCAGCCUUCCUGGCCCUGCCUGUGUCAGCAUCUGGCCAUGGCCAUUUGCUAGCACAUCACUAAUAUGUAUAUGCAGAUAUACAUGUACAUUGCAUUGUAUUGUGAUGCUCUUAUUGCUGUGUAAAGAUUUCUAUUGCUAUUUAUUGAAAAUAUUCUCGCCCCAACCCUGUAAUUCUUCCAUGGACAAGCUGCUUGGAGCUGAUGAUUUCUUUCUUCUGAGCAUCUCAAGCAAAGGAAAUGCUUUUAUUCAUUUGCAGCCCCCUCAUAUAGAACUGUACACUUCAAAAAUACCUCUUCAAAAACUCUACUCCUGUUCCUGGGGAUUUAGUGAGACAUCUCUGAUCUCCUGGCUGGAGGGCUUACUGCUGAAGCUUCGAGAAUGGCUCUAUCUAUCACCUUGUGAUAAAUAGUUUGAUAGUAUAUUUACUACUGCAGUGCUAUUUGUGACUGUGUCCCCAUCUGCUCCGAAGGGCCCUGAGAGUACAACAAAAAAGGAAAGGAAAUGCUAUUAAUGUAUAAUUCCCAACUCUGGGACUCUGCUCAGAUAACCCUGAUCUGUCACGUCUUAGUGCCUUUUUGUCAGUGGCGCAGGCAUCGCACAACAUAGCCUACGUAUGUACUAAGAGGAAACUGUCUUGAACAGGCCCUCGAGUCCCCAAAAUGUGUUUACACCUAUAUUAAUAUUUACCAUCAGAAGCUCUAUAAUGUGCUCCCCCCACGUGCUUAGCUAUGUGUAUGUGUGACUGGUUUCUUCUUGAGUAGGCUCAUGUGUGUGUAUUUGAAGUCUGCACUAUGAACUGCAGGUGAUGAUGAUGAUGGUGGCGAUAUACACUAUGUCCAUAGUGUUUUAAUUGAGUACAGUAGCUGUGCCUACAUGGGUUCUUGCCGUGUUUUACCCAGUUUUCAGGGUCCUAUUACUCCCUUGGUUUUUCAAGGGGCCUUAUGUUGAAAAGAUAUUUUUAUGCCUUUUAGUAUCUGUUUCAUCACAUUUUCUGUUUUGUAAUAUUUUUCAUGGCUUCCUUGGCUCCACUUGUAAACUGUAAAUUAUGCAUUCUAUAGAGCUCAGUUGAAAAGAUGUCUCGGUACUUUAAUUAUUGUAAUUAUGAAGAGAUGUAGCCUUUAUUAAAAUGUUCUAUUUUUCAAAUUA